AUGGCUGCAAGAACGAUUUGUAUUGGUGUUAUGAUGAACUCAUCACUGUUUGCGAUAUUUAUGUAUACUUUUUUAACUCAGCCUAAUCUUAUGAAGCCCGUAGAUUUCAUUAUGAUCCAUCUGACAGUGGUCAAUACUUUGAAUAUCAUCUUCACAUUAAUUCCACAUAUCAUGGCAUUAUUUGGAGUAAGAUAUUUUUUGGAUGACAUUGGUUGUAAGGUAAUUUCGUACACAUACAGAAUUACUCGGGGUGUUUCCAUCUCAACUACCUCUCAUCUGAGUGCAUUUCAAGCCAUCACUAUCAGCCCUAUGAAUUCUAUGUGGGUCUGGUUUAAGUCUAAACUUUCUUCAUGGAUUUUCCCCUCUUUCUUUGUCUUCUGGAUUAUCAACAUGCUCAUUUAUAUACACAUCAUUGAAACUGUAAGAGCCAAUGGCAAUUUCACUAUUGUUGAUCAUAAAUAUUUUCAUGCAUACUGUCAAACUAGGCCAUCUGAAAGCCACACUUCAGGACUAUUUUCCAGCAUCAUGUUGAUGGAUGAUCUCUUGUUUUUGGUCCUCAUGAUCUGGGCCAGCCUCUACAUGGUGAGUCUCCUCUACAGACACCAGAGGAGAGCCCAGCAUGUCCACAGACACAGCCUCUCUUCCCAGCCAUCUCCUGAAAUAAAAGUCACCCACAGUAUCCUUUUAGUGGUAAGCCUCUUUGUGUUCUUCUAUUGCUUGAAAAAUUAUUUUACUUAUUAUUCCUUUUAUGGGCAGAAAAAGUUCCCAGGGUCUUUGGGCAUUGGUGAAAUGUUAUCAGUGUGCUACCCAAUCAUCUGCCCUUUUAUGAUCAUGAAGAAUAAAAAAAUUAUUUCCUACUUCAUUUCUUCCCUUUCAGAUACAUUUUAUCAUUUUAUUAUUAAUUCAACCUUAUUAGUCCUGUGGCUCCAUGUCCAGUACCCAGUGCUCAUGAUAGUGAGAUAUAAAUUCCAAGUGACAGAUCAAAUCAACUACCCUUAA